GUCGCUCCGGUGUUUGCCGCGCUUCGGCCUGGUCGUUGUGAGAGGCAGACAUGGAGGAGCUGAGCGCGGUGGGAGAGCAGGUCUUCGACGCCGAGUGCAUCCUCAACAAACGGCUGAGGAAGGGAAAGUUGGAGUAUCUGGUGAAGUGGCGCGGCUGGUCGUCCAAACACAACAGCUGGGAGCCUCAAGAGAACAUACUGGACCCCAGGUUGCUGGCGGCAUUCAACAAGAAAGAGCAGGAGAAGGAGCUGCUCCGGAAGCGCGGGAAACGGCCCAGGGGAAGACCUCGAAAGAAUGUCGACAGCACUCCAGGAAACAUACCAGACUCGCAGAAGUCCGACAGCUCUUCCUCUGGCUCGUCGUCAUCCUCCUCCGAUUCGUCCUCGUCAUGCUCCUCCUCCUCCGAGGACUCGGAGGAGGAGGAGGAGGAUGAUGAUGAAGAGGAAGGCGGUCAGGUGAAGCAAACAAACCCGGCUGUGAGAACUCGGGAGCUUCAUCCAGUCCCACAGAAGAAGGCACAGAUCGUUAUGGCGAAACCCGAGCCCCCGAGGAAAAGGGGCAGGAAGCCACUGCCCCCUGAGAUGAAGGAAUUCCAGCAGGGUAAGGGCCCUCGCAAAAUCCUCAAGGCCUCCAAAGACACAGAUCUUCCUGGCGCCAUCAGGAAGCCAGUUCACCCCGCCAGCUUCACCUUCAUGGGCUUCCAUCGCACCUCCUCGCGAGAUGCCGUGGGCAGUCCCAACAGGAGCGCUCUGUCCCUCGGUGGGGCCAUAAAAAACACCAUGGGCUCGGUUGGAUCAGGCCGGUCCCUCCCAACUUCUCCUCUCUCUGGGAACAAGUCCAGCCAGGGCAGGAACGUGUCGGACACCAAGCUCUCCAGCACGACCAGUGGAGCAGGUCAGGAGCUCAACGCAACUUCAUGUAAAUCAAAAGGAGUGGCAUCUUUGAAUUUGAACACGUCCAAACAUCCUGUUCAAGGGACCACCCAGCACACACUCAGCCCCCCACAGGUCCAGAAGAAACCCCAGAGCCCGGGAGCAUCUCUGCCGAGGGUGCUGAACACCUCCACCAGCCAGGGCUCUGCGCUCAACCUGCAGAGCAAGAUGCAGCUGAAAAAUAGCUCCCCUGGAAACGGAGGCAUCCCGAUGUCCAGCCCCAGAAACGGAGCAGAUCAAGCACGGAAGAUUCCAGACCACAAACCUCCACAAAGUCCAGCUCCCCAUGCUGGCCUCCAGGCCAGGAAGAUCCCGACUGGAGCAGACAAGGUUAAGGAGCUAGCAGAGAUCCAAGCCUCCAGAGCCCAGGGCCGGCUGGAGAAGGGUUUGCACAAGUCCAGCGAGGUCCAAAACCCACAAGAGAGAUCGGCCCCCAAAGACGGCAAGAAGGGAAAAGUGACCGAGAUGAGCACCGGUGAAGAGGAGAGCAGCUCAGACUCAGACCAGGACUACAAUGGUCAAGAGAGUUCGGGAAUGAUCCAGAACCAGGACUGGAAGCCGACGCGCAGCCUAAUAGAGCACGUGUUCGUGACCGAUGUCACCGCCAACCUGGUCACUGUUACGGUCAAAGAGUCUCCGACCAGCGUCGGCUUCUUCAGCAUCCGGAACUACUGACGGCCCAAUCGUCCGACUGAGAACUCUCCUUUUGGUUUAGGUCAGAUUGUUGCUUGGAUGAUGGUUAUUUAUUGUUUUUUUUGAUGUUCCAAGGUUACAAAAAAACCCAAACAGAAAUCAUCAUCAGCAGAAAGGAAAGAAGACACUGCUGCGUUUUUGAGCUGAACAUUUCAUGUCCUUCAAACACAUCGGGAGAGGAUGUCGCUCCAGUUCUUCCCCUGCAUAAUCAUGAGCGUGGCCUUUUUCCUCCUGCUCUCCCGCGUGAGUGCGAGGUACUUUCAAGUCACUCAAAAGCUGGAAACUAAAUCUGUGUAACUUUGAGAUCUCAGCAGUCUCCACUGGGAAUCAGAUAGGCGAUGUUGUCGUCACAAGCAGCUGCGCGUUGAGGGUUGAACAUGACUCACUGACAAACCACCUCGACACUCUAGGCGCCAGUUCCCUGCCUCACGCUUGUCAGCCAAAGUGGCGCAGGAAAACGGAGCUGAAACACCAGCAAACUACCAUGACCACAUCAGGACGUUUUGGUCAGAGGUGUGUCGGCGCCAAAGUGACUUCCCGUUUCUUUGAUGCCAUGAUUGUACAAAACCUGAAGCGAGGUCGUGUGCUUGUCAGCCCACCGCAGGGUUAUUGUGUAUUUCUGAGUCACUCAAUAAUGUGAAGCCUUUUCUCUUUAACCACGAGUAGUGUUGAGUCAGUAGUCUGGAUGAUUAGCUACCUCUCUUUCAACUGACUUGAUUCAGGUCCGUUUACUUUUGUAUGGAUAUAUAAAUAGCUUUUACCAGGUAUGUCUACAGGGUCUGAGCUGGUUCUGCCUUAAGUGAUGAAGAAUUAAAGUAGCAUCACCCCUCAGCGGUGCCUGUGUCUUCAUCUUCCCUGUAGCUACACGUCUGACCCAUCCAGGACCGUGGUCACGAGGGGGAGCCGGACCAUGUGGCCCCAGUCAGCGGGAGGCGCCCGCAGCGUCAGGAGGGUUCCCUGCAUGGCACGCCAACUGUUGCUCAUCUCUUUCUUCUUUCUGCGUGUCAUGAUAGUACAUCUUAACUCGGGUUCAAAAAAAGACGUCCAUAUAUAAAAAAGAUAAGUUUAAAAAAUUAUUUGUUUAGAUGAAAAACAUUGAAAAUAGUUGAGGUCAAUCGUGAAGUAUUUUUCAAACGCCAGUUAGACUGAAAAUAACUGCGAGGUCUUGACACGAGUUCCUCUCCUCACCACUAGAUGUCGCUGUUGCAGUUUCUGCUGCAUGUGGCGGCUCAGAAAAUCCUUGUUUCGCCUUAUCGCGUAAACGUUUCCUUGCCAUCGGAUCGUCCACUCCUCGCCUGUGUUAAUUCGUGAUACGACCAAGCAACCUAAAGACACAGUUCACAUAAAUUCAAGCAAAUGGUAUUGUUUUAUUUCUACAUAUUUGUAUUCUUCUUCUCCUAAAAUUCUGACACAGAACUGAAGUAGAAGAAGGCAUGAUUUAAAUGAACUUCUUACAAACGUACAUCUGUGUGGGUUAUGAGGCGAGACUUCCCUAUAAAGGCCAAGUUCUGACAGCAACACACUGACAUGGCCGCAUCCAUGAGGUCCUCCAGGUCAAGG